CGGCUGGUUCACUGUGGAGUGGGGACCGCACUAGAAUCGUCCGUCCAUCCGCGACGCCAGGAUUUUCUCUCUCCCCUCUCCCGCAUAAACAAUUCCCCGGUGGUUUAGCUUUCCGAACCGGAAGUCCAGUGGUUUUGGCUCCGACGAUAAAGACCCCUGCGUCUCCUUGUUUCCAGACUUUUUCCUUCCAGAAUGAGCAUACAGGACGAGAAGAGCUCGUCUUCGUGGGACAGGAAGAAUCGGUAAAGGGUCUGCAGGUGCAGCAUGCUUUCGGGAAUAUGAAGGAGAUAGUUGUCCUUGGAGGGACCGACCUGGCACAAGCUCAGGCCCUGAAAUUGCAGAGCUCACUCCUUGAAGUGAAGCCUUCUAUUAAAGUCUUGUUGCUGCUACUUGAGAAAGGCUCCAGAUUCUAUGCUGAAGCUCAAGAACUUGGUUUUACUGAGGAGAAUGGGACUCUAGCUCAUGAGAUACAGUUUAUCGCUAACAGUGAUCUUGUAUUGAUGUUGAAUUCUAUUGUUGAACAGGUAGAAGGCUAUGAAAAAGUGUUGUCCCACAUGAAGCCAGGAAGCAUACUUGGGCUGCCUCAUGGAUUUCUCGUCGAGUAUUUCCAGUCGCUGGGACUUGAUUUUCCAAAGAACAUCGGUGUGAUUGCUGUCUGUCCAAAGGGAAUGGCUCCCUCUGUGAGGAGAAUGUAUGUCCAAGGCAAAGAGAUAAAUGACGCUGGAAUUAGUCAUUGUUAUGCAGUCCACCAGGAUGUUGAUGGCAGAGCCACUGAUGUUGCUUUGGGAUGGGCUGUUGCCCUUGGUUCAUCCUUAAUAUUUUCUACCACAAUGAAAGGAAUCUUAAUGGAUGCUGUUAAUGGGGAUGCGGAUUCUGUUCAUGGGUUUGUGGGUGCUGCUGAUCUCAAAGUAAAAAUUCCUUUUAAAAGCAUCUCAGCUAUGGAAAUGAAGGGUUCUUACCCCCGUUAUACUGAUGGAGGAAUUGAAUUUGAGAAAGCUAACAGUUCCCAUCGUCCUCGUGUGGCCAUGUCAAUUAAGUGCUAUGAUGAUACAGAUCUCUGCUUUGUGGCUUUGCCUGGACGCUUUCAUGAGAGAUAUGGCCUGCCCUAUUUAGUUGUCUCUGUCGCUGCUGCCAUUUUGGGAUCGGCGUUGACAAUAAUACUUGUGCAUCAUCUUCCUUGCGGGACUGGUGGCAUUGUUCCUCUUCAACUUAGGCCACAAAAAGGCAUUGCUAAUGUGCUCGGAUGGUUCCGUCUCUCGCUCAAAGCAUGUUUUGGAGUCAAGGUCUUUCUCACAUCUGCCAUUACAGCCUUUGUUCUUUCGGUUCUUUCCAAGAAGUUUUUCUAAUACUAAAUGCUGCAGAUAUAUAUAUAUAUAUAUAUCAAUGACAUUGAUAGAGGACCAAGAGUGGACCAUGGGUGUGGUUCUGUUAUGUUAUUUGAAAUUGACAGGGCACAUUUUUUGGCGGUUCACCUUUACAUAGAAAACCAUAUUUGUUGUAUAGUAAA